GAGGUUCCAGGGAGGUUUGUGCCGGUCAGAUUAUUGUUUAAGAUGUCGUCGAGUAGACAGAAUGUGUCUGUGGUGAAGAAUGCGGUGCUUCCAGCACAGACCACGCCGGAGCAGCGUUAUUGGAGAGGGUAUACCAACACCCAGCUAGUUAAAGAGCACAACGCCGUGAGCCAUAUUGCAUUCAACCCUAUAAGUCCGUAUGACUUUGCCGUGACGAGUUCCACCCGAAUCCAGGUGUUCUCGUCCAAGACGAGAGAAGUCAUCAAGACGUUCUCGAGGUUCAAGGACACCGUGUACAGCGGAGAGUACCGAUUCGAUGGGAAACUGCUUGUUGCAGGUGAUGCCUCCGGGUUGGUACAGAUCUUUGAUGCCUACCAGCCAAGAACCCUUCUCGUGACAAUCAACCCGUCUACGCAUCCCACACACGUGACGAAGUUCCAUCCUAGUGUGUCGACAACUCUGCUGACAGCUUCUGACGAUAGGGUAGCCAGGCUCUACGAUAUAUCCAACGCGCAUAACCCAAUACUGUCGUUUGACGACCAUGAGGAUUAUAUCAGAACAGCAACUUUCGUGCAAGGUUCGAACCUGGUCACCACGGGUUGUUAUGAUGGCUUUGUGAGAUUGUUUGAUCCAAGAGUCGGCAACGAUCCAGUGGCCAAAUUUGAUCAGGCCAAUCCGGUUGAAGAUGUCUUGUCCUUAACACCAACAACGAUGGCUACUGCUGCGGGACCAACCGUCAAGAUAUGGGACAUUACUGCAGGUAAAUGUAUUAAUGAAAUGGCAAACUUCCAAAAGACCGUGACCUGUCUUGCUGAUGCUGGUGAGGAUCGUGGACUGUUGGCUGGUUCGCUCGAUGGCCAUAUCAAGGUCUUUGAUCCUCUGAACUGGGAUGUCAAAUUCGGCUGGAAGUUUGGGGGAGGUGUACUGAGCUGUGGUGUCUCUCCUAACUCAAAGCAUUUUGUAGCUGGUUUGGUUUCUGGUUUACUAAGUGUUAAAACUAGAAAGACGGAACCAAAGGUUAAACAAGGUGUGAAACAGGUGAAGUCGAAUGCUUUCAAAAAGAUGAUGAGAGGUUCAGAGUACCACGGUGAAGAAGAGCACAGAAUUGUCAACGAUAAACCAAAGCCACAGAGAAAACUACGUCUCUAUGAAAAGCGUCUGAAUGCUUUCAGAUGGUCAGAUGCGUUGGAUGCCGCAUUUAUCCCUGGUAUGUCCCGUGAAUUGACCGUGACGGUUCUCGAAGAGUUGAAGAAAAGAGGUAAAGUUAGAGCUUCGUUAUAUGACCGUGAUGAAACCACCUUGGAGCCACUGCUGAGCUGGUCCAUUAAGGCCAUCGAGGACGUCCGUAGUGUUUAUAUCGUUUCGGAUUGGCUCGCUGUCGUCAUUGAAAUGUACGGUGGACUCAUCAAUAGAUCACCAGUAUUGGAGGAACUCCUUCUAACUCUCAAGAAGAAACUAAGACAAGAGAUUGAAAAGGCUAAGGAGGCUCAAAAGAUUGAAGGUAUGCUACAGCUCUUGACUGCUCAUUAGUUAGAAGUAUAAUAAUCAUGGCAUGCAUUUCAUUAAAAGUUGAAAGGAAAGAUCUCACCAACCUCUUUGUCUUCUGCCAAAGAUGUUCUUCCUUUUCUGUAUCUUGUACUUUUUAAAGUUAUUAUUCAAAGGCUUUCUUCUUUUGCUUGUCACUUCUGGAAUGACAUAGUCAUCGUUAUCAUACUCGGAAUCGUUAUCAGACCAUUCCUCAGAGUUUUCGGAUUCAAAAGUGGACUCUUUGACGGUUGCCAGCUUCUGCAUCUCCUCGCGCAGGUUCUUACCUUUCAUCUCAUCCUCAUUGCCAGUGGUCUUACGCGCACGUUUCUUGACCAGUCUAACUUGUCUCUUUGGGCCCUUCUUCUUCCAUUGCUGUAGUGGCACUGAGCCCUGCUCGUCUUCCUCCC